AUGAUCGUCUGGUACAAGUCCGACCAUUCCAACGCUCUGCACACCAACAAACUAAUUGCUCACGUCGCUGGUAAACAGCCCGUCGGAAAUGCUCAAGCAUGGCCCGGCCUACACUUUCACAAUUCAGUGUCGUUACAAGACCUCAAUCAUGGCCCAUGCGCCCUGUCGUGCCUGCCGACGACCAGCAACCGGGCAACAACCCAUAGCCACAAAGACCAGUCAUGGCAGCCCCUGUCGAUCAGUCACCACUGCGUACACUUGCAAGAAUCGUGCGACAACCUAGUUAGGUUAGCAAAACGUUGUGACGUGUAUUAUCACUUGCCCGGACAUGUAGACACGAAACUCGCCGUCGAUCAGAUUUGGGUCCGGGUUGCAACUUUUUAA